AAGCCUCGGAAGGUACUAUGGAGCGCAAAAGCAAACCUGGCGAGUCUAUGUGUCGCAAUCGCCAGCGCACCCCUUUCAUUAUGUGCAUUCCUUUGCUUGAUACCUGCUUAAAGCGAAACUUCCCUCGUCGGGGAUUUAUUUGUAUAAAUUUUUGCGAAUAUAUAAGCGACUUGGCCUUGUAUUGAUUUGGCAUCGCGUAUAUGAUUUGCGGGCUGAGAAGUAGAAUGCAUUGCUUUGCUUUGUUUUACUGGCUGACAUGUUUUUGCCACUGCAGACAGAUGAUAGUGAGUGUUUUCUGUAAAAGAGAAGGGAACUUCUACACUUCUCCUCGCAGAGCGCUGUUCUGUGGUGAUAUGCGACCGGUGUGAAGUAUGCCAGUUUCUGCUUUUGCACUGGAUACCUCCGACGAUGAGGUCGGAAAGAGCUUGGCAGCGCAGCUGGCCACCCCAGGAGGGGACUUCCUUGUCAUCCACCUCAUCGAGGUUUUCCGACAUGUGUACACGACCGAUUACCUAUUCGUACGUGCUCCCCUAUGCAAGAAAAAAACUGUGUAAGUGUAAGUCUGUGAUGCAGGAAAUGCAAAAGUGUAUACGCUUGUCAUGCUGGAUGUGCGUCAUAGGCUAUUUUCAUGCGUGUUUUCACGUGCUAUCGGCGCAUCACAGAUUUUCCCUGUAAUGCAAAGCCAAACUGUGAUCGUGAUGCUGUUUGUCCUACAAAGUUACACUUACGCAGUUUUUUUCCUGGAUAUCCCCACGGCGUAAUUCAAUCGCAAAUCGGUCUCACCUUACCGAACCAUGGCAAGGCCAAAAUCUGCUUAGCCGUUCCGGAGUCGACGCCAGGCGCUGCUGGGAUCUCCACUGGCAGUGCACCAGACACUUUUGGCCGGUCUUCUAAGCCGAUUAAGCACUGCCUGCACGCACUAGAGAAUGGGGAGGCCCAAUUUGCGGAAUAUGUGGAUGAAGCACAUGAGUCCACAACUGACCCUGUUUGGUGGACGAUUUCGCGCAAACCGUACCAGGAUUCCGCAGCAGCUGGGCGGGGCAGAGACGAAGGGGAGGACGAAAGUGACGCCCUGCGCGAAGACAUAAGCGACCAGGAUGUGCUGGUGAUCUCGCCGCCCGAGAACGCGGACGGGGAAGACGAUUCUCCGGCCGGUG